GCAUGUCUUGAGUGAAGUAUAAAGGGAUAUAACAUGGUACCCCAGUGGAUGUUUAUGUUUACUUAAAGAACACAUUUGAGAGGGCGGUUUAAGCAAAGGGACUUUGUUUUUGUACUUUUUUAAUGUUAAGAUUUACAAGGCCAGUACGUUGGCAUGUAAAUCUCAUACUUUCACUAAUGUGCCAGUCUUACAAAUGGAAAGGGGGCUUCACUUUGGAAACGUGAGCAUUUCCCUGCUGGUGCUCCUGCUGCUGCUCAAAGCGCUCAUCAUCGGAUCCGGGACCUCGCAGGCUCAGAGCUCCGCCACCGCCACCGGGAGCACCGGGAGGGAGCCGAAGUCCGUCACCGUCAGCCGGGGCUCUGAGGAGGAAGAUGGUGCAAGAGUCAUCAUGGAGCGGGGCUUGGAGAACGUUGGCUCCCCAGUCAUUAUAGCAGACGUUACCGUGGAGGACGACGACAACGGGCCGACUGGAGAGGCCGACGAAGCUUAUGGAGAAAGUAACGGAAACGUCCAACCGUCAAGGUCUCUUGUGAUCAUCAGCACACUGGAUGGGCGGAUCUCUGCUCUGGAUCCUCACAACCAGGGCAGGAAGCAGUGGGACCUAGAUGUCGGCUCAGGGUGCCUGGUGUCGUCCAGCCUCAGCAAACCUGAGGUGUUUGGCAAUAGGAUGGUCAUCCCUUCACUGGACGGUGCCUUGUUCCAGUGGAACCGGGACAGGGAGAGUAUGGAGGCAGUGCCUUUCAGUGUGGAGUCCCUGCUGGAUUCGUCUUACCGGAUGGGGGAGGACACGGUCCUGGUUGGGGGCAAAUCUCUUACUACCUAUGGCCUGGGGGCCUACACUGGCAAGCUUCGGUACAUCUGCUCUGCGGUGGGCUGCAGCCGCUGGGGAGAUGAGGACAUGGAGGCCGAAGACGUGCUCCUGCUGCAGAGGACCCAGAAGACUGUGCGAGCCAUCAGGCCCCGAUCAGGAAUGGAGAAGUGGAACUUCAGUGUUGGAAACUUUGAGCUGAAGCUCCUUCCUGAGACGCAGUCGGCAAUGAACUUCCUGGAGGGAGAAGGUGCGAACGGCGACGCCUGGAGGGAGAGUCAGCGGAUCAUUACAGAUGAACCAAAAGAGAGAGGGCACACGGAGAACCAGCAGAACCACAAUCUGGACCUCGUCAUCAAAGUGUCUGUUCCUGAUUGGAAGGUCAUGGCCUUCAGUACCAAGCCGGAGGGACAGCUGGUCUGGGAACGUCAGUUCUGCACACCCAUCGCUUCGGCCUGGCUGGUGGGCGGCGGUAAAGUCACACCGAUCGCCCUGUUUGACGACAACGCCUACAGCAACCAGUCGGAAACUGAUGAGGAGGAUGACGACGACAAUUCGAGGAAGGCCAGAGCUGCUGAAGAGUCCAGUGUUUACCUUGGGAUGUACCAGGGACAGCUCUACCUCCAGUCCUCCGUGACGAUCAGCGAAAAGUUCCCAACCAAAGCUAUCGGACCGAUCAAGGACAUAAUUCCAUACCCCACAGUCAAGUGGAAGCCUCUUGUCCAUUCCCCAUCUCGGACACCAGCCCUGGUCGGCUCCGAUGAAUUUGACAAGUGUCUGAAUAACGACAAGUUCUCCCAUGAUGAAUACAGCAACGGGGCCCUGUCCAUCCUUCAGUAUCCAUAUGACAACGGCUACUACUUCCCGUACAGCAAGCGUUACCGGGAGAAACGCAACAGUGCCGUGAGCCUGAUAAAGGGAAAUGGGGCGGGGGGCGAGAUUCGCAGGAGAAAGGACCCUGUGCUGUUGCUGCCCUGGUGGAAGGAGAUCCUCGGCACCAUCGUCUUCUGCAUUGCCGCCACCACCUACAUCGUCCGCAAAUUCUUCCACCCCCCCGCCCCGGUGGCCUAUGUGAGGCAACGGAAAGAGUCGGAGACACAGUGCCAGACAGACUGCAAGUUUGACCUUGAGGUUGUGGAAUGCAAAGAGCCGGUUGCUAUGGAGACCCGUUCCAGCGAAUAUGUAUCCAGGUACCUGACUGACUUUGAGCCGGUGCAGUGCCUUGGCCGCGGGGGGUUCGGUGUUGUGUUUGAAGCCCGCAACAAAGUGGACGACUGCAACUACGCCAUCAAAAGAAUCCGGCUGCCCAACAGAGAGCUGGCCCGUGAGAAGGUGAUGCGGGAGGUGAAGGCCUUGGCCAAGCUGGAGCAUCCGGGGAUUAUCCGCUACUUCAACGCCUGGCAGGAGAGCCCUCCCGAGGGCUGGCAAGAGGAGAUGGACCAGAGGUGGCUGAAAGACACCAGUACCACCGACUGGCCAAUGAGCUUCCUUGACCACAUGGAGGCGCUGUCAGUCAAAGUCCCGGUGUCCAGCUCAGUGUCUCCUGUCUCUGGGCCUGGAGGAGAUGCUCUGGAGAGCUCCGUCGAUGCCCGGCACCUGCUCUCCAGCAGCGCCGGUAGCGCUGUAGGUUUCGGCAUUGACGACGGGGACCUGUCCUUCCACCCGAUGCUGGGCCACGACAGCCUGAUGUCCGAGAGGGACAGCCAGGCCGACCCCGACGCCUCGGACACCCCCAACUCCUUCGAGCUCUGUCCUCCACGCGGCCCCAGCGACUGCACCUCUUCUUCCUUCGACAUCGUGUUCGAGGACUCGGGCUGCGACCGAGACGCCGACGCAGACACGGACUCGGCUUCGGACGUAGUCAGUCCGAGCACGACGACGGAGAAGAACAGCUCGUCUUCCUCGUACACCAGACAGCAGGAAGCUGUCCCGCCCUCCAGUUCCUCUCCCCCCCGGCCAACCACACUCACCCUGGCUCUCCCCACAACUCCUCCAACCCAGCGAGUCCAGCCUUCUCCCAAGGUGUACCUGUACAUCCAGAUGCAGCUCUGUAGGAAAGAGAACCUGAAGGACUGGAUGGCUCAGCGCUGCCUCCCGGAGCAGAGGGAGCACAACCAGUGUCUCGAUAUCUUCGUCCAGAUUGCAGAGGCCGUCGACUUCCUGCACAGCAAGGGGCUCAUGCACAGGGACCUCAAGCCCUCCAACAUCUUCUUCACUAUGGACGACGUGGUGAAGGUGGGAGACUUCGGCCUGGUGACGGCCAUGGACCAGGAGGAGGACGAGGACGAGCCGAGCGCCCUGACGCCCGCCCCGCUACUCACCCGACACACGGGCCAGGUCGGCACCAAGCUCUACAUGAGCCCGGAGCAGCUCUCUGGAAACUCGUACUCUCACAAAGUGGACAUUUACUCUCUGGGUCUGAUCCUGUUUGAGCUGCUGUGUCCCUUCAGGACCCAGAUGGAGAGAGUGAGGACGCUGACGGAGGUGAGAGCGCUACGCUUCCCAGAGGUUUUCUCCAAAAACAACGUUCAGGAGCUGAGUAUGGUGCGCAGCAUGCUGUCGUGGAGCCCCGGCGAGCGUCCCGAGGCGGCUGACAUCACAGGGAAUCCCCUCUUCCAGGAGCUGGAGCUGCCUUGCCGACUGGCCAUGAGGCAGCGCUCCCGCACCUACAGCGCCUCGUCCAUGGGCCGCCCAUCACGCCAGUCGUCAUCUACCUGAAAAGCCCCCUGACGCAAUAUGUAACCCCCCCCAUCCCACAAUCCCCCUUUCAUCCCCCCACAGCCCAAGAGAAACACCUCAGCCCCACCUUGCCGUCACACACUGCCUCAGACUUUAAACGCCAAAUGUGCAGGGAUUUAUCUCGCUGGCUUUAGAGCGGCGAGACAAAGUCCUGCACUCUCCUUGGCAAACACACACGCCGUUACAUAUUCACAAUUUUAAUCACACAGAUAUUUUAAAAGCAACAGCUGUUCUGUUAUGUUCACGACCAGACUUGGCUCAAGUGGUACGAGCAAAAUAAUUCUUAGUGGUUAUAUUAAAUGGCUCUGAGCACCAGAUGGGCAGCGGUGUACUGCGGCCAGUCGGCUCACUGAAGCUAUUAUUAUUAUUGAUUUCUGAAAUGUUUACCUGUGAUUGUCUUUAAACAAGUGGCAUUCUCCUCACUCUGACAACCAUAUGGUACUCCGAGAUGAUCGACAGACGCGCUAAGAGCUAUUUUGCAUAUGAUUUGACGCCGGUCCGGUCACAACACCCUGCCUGCUCCCAACAUUCAGCCAGUGUUCACUCACCCACGCUUACACCUCAGGUAUCAAAACCAAGAGGACACUCCAAAGGGGCCUUUGAUGCUUGAUCAUCCUAUCUACUAGUGACCAGUACUGAUCGCUGGUAUGAGCACUAUCCGGUGUUCCGACACCCAAUAUGCCUGAUUUGGGAGACCAAAAAAAGACCAUCUUUUUUUCCUAUGUGUUUUUUUUUAACGAGAGAAGGUGAUGUAUUGCGUAGAGAAGAGUUUAUGAAUCCAGAUCAUCAGAUAUGAUUUGCCUUUAGUGAAAGGGGCACGCGGCCUCCUCUGAAUGAAUGCCGAGCCUCUGGCUCCUGUCUUUUUCUGCAUGUACCUGAUAGGAAAGUGAAGGGGGUGAGUGUGAGUUUGUGAUCUUAAAGCCAGUACUUGGAAGCAGUUUUUUCUGUGUGUAAAUUUACACAAUGACUCUGGGGUGCUCAAUCAUUUUACAACACCUCCUCUUGUAUAUAGUUGAAGGGAAAAAAAUCUGUUUAUAUCUUUUUCUUUGAAGAUAUGUUUGAUGAAUCCUGUACAUAUUGUAAGGCGCCAUUGCUUGUAAAUGGCUUUUUCAUGUAAGAUAGUGUGAUAUACUGUGGGGGGGAGGGAUCAAAGAGGGGGACGAUCUCUGCCGUUAAUGGAUAACUGAAUGUUACAGUGUGACCUCCAGAGACAGAUGAUGGUGGUCACCUCUUUCUAGAAAUGAUUCUCAGUGUUUGUCUUCACGCGUGUGGGGUACCAAGUGGACGGGGUUUGCCCUGCUUCGAGCACCAGAACCUCCAGGACCAGAGUGCCAUUUGAAAGUCAGUUAAAUGUACUUUUUCUGUAACUGAUGACUCACCUCACUUUUUUUUUGUUGGAACUGUGCUACUGUGCUCCUCCAACCCCCAUCCAGCUGGUGUUCCCGGUGAACAAAUACUCCCGUGAUGAGGAAAAAUAGCAUUUAGUCAAGAAGAAGAUACUGUUUUAUCCCCUCUACAUUGUCUACUGAGGGACCUGGACCUGAUGUUGGUCAUGUGAUCCACAAUGAGCAUUGUUUUAUUUACAUAAGAAGUGCUGGGAGAGUCACAUGACCCGUUUGUAACUUCACACACACAAACUGCUAAUUGUAAUGUGCUUUCAAUGAUUGUACUUUUCUAAGGAUCUUCUCUCUCUAUCUCUCUCUCUCUCUUUUUUUUUAAUAAGCGCAGUUUUUUGAUUAUUCUGCAGGGUUUUUUGAUUACUGUAAAGUCUCGACUGUUUGAUACAAGAAGUCAAACUGUUGUUCAUCCAUCCAUCCACUGAAGAUGAGUCAUUCUUGUUGUAAAAUGAUCAGUUCUCUCAAGAGUUUAAAACAGACAGUACUCCCACCAUGACAUGGGUGGAAACUGGAAAGUUUAGUUCCAUAAUGUGGCGUAUCCUCAAGUUAGGAGACGGGGAAACGUGAGAACUCAUGUCGCAAAUUCAGACAAAAGUUGCUUUGUGAACGACAGUAUGUGGGUACUGUUUUAAGUGUUGACAAUGUGACACCUUUUGUAGAAUUAACGUUUGAUAUUUCCAAUAAUGGAUUCAGGAUAAAUCUGCCACAAAAUUAGCUGAAAGCAUUUUGGAACUUUUUUUGUCGUCCAUUUUAUAGAAUUCCUUAGAGAAUUGUGAUUUAAAGACGUGUUUUUGGAGGAUUCACAACAAGAAAGAAGGAAACUUUCACAACAUAAAUCACCUACUGUAGUAAAUAGCUUGUCAGCUUUAUACCGUUAAGAUUUAAAAACAGCAUUAUUGACGAUAGCGUAUUAUCGGAGGUUGUAGAGAUUUUCUUCUUUUCACUCAAACCAAGAAAAUGUGAUUAAACUGUAGGUUUUUUCAUGCUUUGUUGAACUGUGUUUAUCCUCCUUCCACUCCUGCCGUCCAGGUAGCUUUUCGAUUUAAAGAAUCAGACACCCACUCGUCGAUCUCCGACGCCUCCGUCCGGAUACGUAGUUGCCUGUUUCUGUGCACAAACCCCCUCAUUCUCUGUCCCAUGUUGAAUUUGUAAAUAUGUUUAUUUGCUUUAUUUAUGUUUUGAUGCCGUGAUCAAUCCUUUUUUGGGUUGGUGUUAUUAUGAAUGCGCUUCCUGCGAUGGAGCGCGUUGGAAUAUGAUGACUUCUUACAAGUCUAAAUUUAAUAAACUGUUCUAUACCGUUUGUACA